AUGCCAGCGGCUCCGGCGGUGGGCAGCAGCGGUCAUGUCGCCGAUGGCAGGGCCAGCUGUCGGGGUAACCUUCUUCGCCCCCACCCCCCUGCUCGCCCCGGCCCCGGCGCGCCGGUGCCUGUCCGUGGUCAUACGGUGGAGACGAUCGAGUCUUCAGGUGACACGGCUGCUGACAAUCUUCUCCUCUCCGAAGACGGCCAUGGGGACAGCACGGAGUGCUCGAGCUCAUUUGGGCCCUCCUGCUCUGUUUCUGAUGACGAGACCAAGUCAGGCAUGCACGACAUGGAGGUGGACUCGCCUUUCCUGGGUAAUUUCAAUGUGGACGGCGCCGCUUCUCUUCCAAAGAUGGCCAGACAGAAGCAAGUGACAGCUGAGUGGAGAGAGGCCGUUCGCCCAAUUAUGUGGCGAUGCCAGUGGUUAGAAUUGCGUAUGAAGGAGCUUUCGUCGCAAGUAGCAAAGUAUGACAGGGAACUUGCUUUAAUCAGUCAUGAAAAAGAUCUGCAGUCUGAGAUGAUUGCAACCGAUAGUUCUGGUCCAGAACUGGCAAAACAGGAUGCCCAAGGCCAUGAUAGAAAUAUUAUGAAGAGGAGACAACGGCAAAGGCUUGAAGACAUCGUGGACACCUCAUUGUACAUGGAUAGUCAUCAAAUAUUAUCCUAUUAUCAUGAAAGCAAAAACAGAAAUAGUGGAGCUGAAACAGAUGGUCUGUUGAUUUAUGAUGAUGCAGUUGCUGAGGAUACCAAAAGAAGAGUUCCUGACAAUACAUUACCGGAGUCUAAGGAAACAGAUAGGGUCUUAGAACAAUAUUCUUUAACAGAUAUUCUUCGGACAAUUGAUAGUAUCCAGUCUCGAGUCCUUAGGCUUCAAGGUCAUCUCAGCAAGGUUUGCAGCAAUCACACACAAGUUAAGGUGCCUCCAAAGAGUCAGAAGGCUCAAACCCAGUUAGCCUCUUGUAAGAAGGAUGGACACCAUCCUCAGAAAAAGAGGGAUCUGAAUAGUUUGCUUCAGGAGGAGGAUAAACCUAGACCACUUGUUGGAGUGCCAACUACUUUAUCAGAUAGGUGCACUGACUAUGUGAUGGAAUGUGGAAAGAGAAAUAUUGCAGAAGAAGGUGCAACACAACCAUAUGCAAAGAAAGUCACAUUUGAGACACUCUUUGGUGCAGAUAAUCCCUUAAUUGAUCAUACUCAUCUAGGAGAAUUAUACAAAGAAAAUGCUGAUGAUGUCCUAAUAGACAAUCGAGCAGCCCUAGUAGAAGGGUACCAGCAGUUUGAGAAGGUGAAGCAGGAAGCACAGAAUCAUGUGGAGCUGGCUAAUAAGGUUGCUAACACCCUUCUUUCCAGAGGAGAAGAAACUGUUGCAAGACAGGUAGUUAAGCUUGAACCAGUUUAUGAAAUAGCUCCAAGUGUGAAGCAAGUCGGCCCUGGAAAUAAACGAAGCAAGAAACCAAAGAAGAAAUCUGGGAGCUCUCUGCCUCCUUUGGAAGAGCAAAUCGAGAAGUCCCCUGAUGUACCUGCAAAGAAGAGAACUGUGAAAGAUCUGCACAAUUUGAAGAAUGAAAAGCCUGUUUUUGUAGCUGUGGACACGCGGAGGAGCCAACGAGUCCGAAAACCUAAAAAGUACGGAAGCGAUUGA